AUGGAUUCAGAAACAUAUAUAGCAAAAACUUCUGUCUUAACACCUCAUAAAAUAUCUUUGCUUGUGCUACUUUCUAUAUACUUUGAGACUGCUAUUGAAGAUGAUUUAUUAGAAACACUCUUGUUCUUCUUGAUAGAAAAAAUAUCAAACGAACAUCGUUUUCCUGAACCAACAUUACAAGAAUUUUGUGAUGAAAUUCACCAAAGGACGUGCCCAUUGCCAAAAGUUUGCACCGAAAUUCAACGGGAAUGUGAAUCGUCAUUAGAACGAGCUUUGCUUACGCAUCUAAAGUCAAUGGAUUCCCCUCACGAUUUAAUUGAACUGAUAAAAGAUUCUAAAAAACUGACAACAAAUGAAGAAAGUGAUUCUACUCCAAUUCCUCUUGGAAAAUAUAGUAUAUUGGGAAUUUUCGUUCGGCGUUGUUAUAUUGAAAGCGAAAGGUUGAUGUUUGAUGAUAUUAGCAGGCUAUACAAUGCAUUUGUUAAAUAUAAGACGGACAAAACUGUGCUGUUCUCAAAAAAAGGAAAAGAAAACAUGGAUCUUUGCUAUAAGUCGGGAGAGUUUUCUUCUGUUCUUUCAGAGGUCACACAUCGCUAUCAUAUGUGCAAACAAGAUCUUAUAGCCAAGUGUGAUGCAGAAUCCUUUUCACAUUACAUAAUCACUCAGCUUCGCAAAUAUGGUGGUAUCUUACCUCCUGAACUUGAAAGCAAACUUCGGGGCGCGCUGACGAAUUUUUACAAAUAUUCAAAUUUUUGCCCAGAAGACGUAGAAAACCGGUGGGAAUUGGUAUCAGUACGUUUUAUUGAAUCUGGUGGUCCUUCAUGCAAAAUUCGGACACAAGGAGCAGGCAUUAUUGCAAUAGAAAUGGCUCGAGAGAAUAAUGACCAAGAGUGCCUUCGUUUUGCAUUGAGGCAAAUAUUCUUUCUUAUUGCGUUUACUUCAAAUUAUGACUCAAUGAUAAUUAAAAUGCUUGAUUCACUCAUUAGCAAAGCCAAGCAAUCCAACUUCAUUUAUCUGCAAUCUCUUGGGGAACUUGGGAACUCUCAACGUCAGAUUCAACAGGGCGCGUCACCAACGGAGGUUUUUGAAUCUUUACUUCGAAGUUCUAUUUUGAAUAUGAAUUGCCCAUUCAAGACCAUGCGCUUUCAAGGGCAACUAUUAAAUGCAAGUGUAUGGCAAAUUUAUGGCAAUGUUGCACUAUCUGCCUUGUACUCAUCAGAGGUUAUUGAUCAUUCUGACACUAGUCCAGAAGAUCUUGUAACUGCCUAUUGCCAGAUGGCGGAUCUCCAUGUUUCAUAUGGUAAUUAUGAACAAGCUCUUAAAUUGCUUGAAGAAUCUAAAGAAAAAUUCCUUGGAAUACGUAGAGCAGCUUUACAAUGGGUUGUUUGCUUAGAAAAAGUCUUAUAUCAGAAGUGCUUUGCAAGAGAUGAACGUGCAAGUAUUGAAGCACUAGAGGUGCAACUUCGUGGAAGUUGUCAGGAUGACGAGGUUUUGCAAGAUGACUUUAAUUAUAAUCGAGCUUUAUAUCUGGCAAGGAUUGAUCGACCGGAUGAAGCAAUGGAUCUUUUACAUGAACUUAUACAAAAAAGCUCCAGAUUAGGUUCUCAAAAUCAGAUGCUAGUUGCCAAUUAUUAUCUUAAACUUGCUGAAAUCCGUAUAGAAACUGAAGAUCCAACUUCAGCAUUACCUUAUGUUUUAAGUGCCUUAUGUAUAAGUGAACGAUUUCAUCAUCAAAGUUGUUAUUUCAUGGCAAAGAUACGGCUUGCGCAGAUAUUGCUUCACUUUAACCUGGCAACAAGAGCAAAAAUCAUGAUUGAAAACAUCAUGCCUGUUAUUUUGGCAGAACACACCUUGCGCAUGCAGUCAGUCGGUCAUUUUAUUUACGCUCAAUGCCUUCUUGGAUGCAUUACUCGAGAUAUAAGAGCUCAACGCGAACAAUCAAUACCAUGGGAUGAUGUUUUAAUUCCUCUUCGCCGUGCACAAGCAGGCAGGUAUCAUUAUGUUCUGCCAAUUAUUCGUAAAUAUGGCAAUCCAUAUCUGAAUUGA